CUCCUCCUCAUAUGCGCUCUGUAUUAUUACACUGAAGCGUUUCUGUUUUCACCUGCGCUUUCUUUAAUUAGACUUCAGCAGCUACAAAGGGGUGUCCCGCACCUGUCCUGUCACUCUGCUCUCAGCGCAAAAUUCACGAGCUGCAAUCUGCGCGUGAAGUAAUGUUUUGACUCUAAAAGCGUCGUGGCGAGAGCACGAGCCGCGGGGUAUUAUUUCAUGGAUAGGGUUUUUGUGAGGACUCACUCACUCGUCCUUCUGCUCCUUCUGCAUCUGCCGAAGCAAAUAGUUAUUUUUGGCACCUGACAUUAAAGCUCACCCUCUGCAGCAUGGCAGCAGCAGACCCGCAAACGCGCCAUAGCGCCGGAGUCUGACUGCAGCUCUUUGUUCGUCCUCAGAAACUCACUGUGCGCGAUUUGAUGAUGGAUUGUCUUCGUAUCGGGGACUGACGGACACGGUGAGGGACGCCGGCCUUUUAAUGCGUUUAUAUUGCAGGUCACUCGGGACAGUGAGUGAGCAGUUGAACGGGUUCACACGUGGUGGCGUGGGUUGCUUUAUUAGUCUGCGCUGUGUUUGGUAUGACAUUAAGUUUGGGACGAUGGCUUCUUGUAUUCACCCAAAACACGUUCUGUGAGCUUAUUGGACUUUUGUUUGCUUUACUGGAAGAAGUGAAAAGAGACAGCCUGAGGUCAGCUGCAAGAGGAGACACUUCUGUACUAUUAGCCUUGAGCUGGAAACAUGACCAAGGAGGAGGAGAUCCCUGACUGGGUGGGAGCCAAAGAGUUCUACGACAAGUAUGAGCCCAAGGAGAUUCUGGGAAGGGGAGUGAGCAGCGUGGUGCGCCGCUGCGUCGACAAGCAGACGUCUCAGGAGUACGCGGUGAAGAUCAUCGACAUCACCCCCUCCGACAAGAUGACGCCGCAGGAGAUCGAAGAAAUCAGAGAGGCGACGGUGAAGGAGAUCGACAUCCUCAAGAAAGUCUACGGACAGGAAAACAUCAUUCAGCUCAAAGACUGCUAUGAGUCCAAGGCCUUCUUCUUCCUGGUUUUUGACCUAAUGAAGAGGGGUGAACUUUUUGACUACCUCACAGAAAAAGUUACACUGAGUGAGAAGGAAACGCGGAAGAUCAUGCGGUCUCUAUUGGAGGUGGUCCAGUUUCUCCACGCCCAGAACAUUGUUCAUCGGGACCUGAAGCCCGAGAACAUCCUUUUAGACGACUACAUGAACAUCAAACUCACUGACUUUGGUUUCGCUGUGCAGAUUCAGCCAGGACAGACGCUCAAAGAGGUGUGUGGGACUCCUGGUUACCUUGCUCCUGAGAUCAUUGAGUGCUCUAUGGACGCAGGACAUUCAGGAUACGGUACAGCUGUGGACAUAUGGAGUUCAGGUGUUAUCAUGUACACGCUGCUCGCGGGCUCUCCACCGUUCUGGCACAGGAAACAGAUGCUGAUGCUGCGCAUGAUCUUAGCGGGGACGUACGACUUCUCCUCUCCUGAAUGGGAAGACCGCUCAGACACGGUCAAAGAUUUGAUCUCGCGGAUGCUGGUGGUGGAUCCAAAGCAGCGUUUCACAGCUACAGAUGUUCUGAACCACUCGUUCUUUUCACAAUACGUGGUGCACGAAGUACGACAAUUCACUCCGUUCAGGCGCUUCAAGGUAAUUUGCUUGACCGUUCUCGCUACAAUGCGAAUCUACUGCAACUAUCGCCGUGCCAAGCCCAUCACCAAGGAGGUGAUAAAGAGCGACCCGUACGCCGUGAAGCCCAUCCGCAAGCUCAUAGAUGCGUGCGCCUUUAAGAUCUACGGCCACUGGGUCAAGAAGGGCCAAACCCAGAACAGAGCAGCACUUUUUGAGAACACGGCCAAAACCAUCCUGCUUUCGAUCGCUGCUGAAGCGGACGAGCCCAUCCAGCACAUCUGGUAACAAGCAGCGAGGACUGACACGUGCUGAGUUUUACUUGGGGAAACAUUUAAACUUCUUUCUUCGUAAAAAAGAACUGCUACAAGUAGUUUAUGCAUAAUGCAGCAUUUUUAAAAGCAGCCGUAGUGACUACAGGGGGAUUGAUUUAUCUCAAGGACUGAAAUGUUUGGCAAAAUUUUCAACCAUGCCACUAGUGACAUUGUGCUUGCUUUGUUCUAAAAGUGUACUUAACCCAUUGUCAGCUUGUGUCCUAUGAAAAUGCAGCUGCUGUGCUUUAGAUUGAAUGCAGCCCCUCAAAUAUAGGGUGUAUCAAAAAAGAAUAAUCAGAUUUCAAAAGGCUAUACUUUUUAAUGAACAUAGAAACUUAUGGUAAAUUUUAAAGUACAUGGCUGAAUAUACAAAAAGUUACAAUGUUUGCAAAUGCCUGAUGUGUCUCCCUCGGCACCUACAUACUAGUUACUACAUGGCAAUCUCAUAGCCUUCGCACUCUAAAAACUGUUUAUAUUUCAAAUGUUAAAGAGUGACUCAGAAGGAAAAAGUAGAGUUUACUUAUAGAGCAAGUCUAUACUCUGUAUUGUGAAACCUUGUGGGAAAUACCUGCAGUUUAUCUGGCUGGAAUAUAAAACCUGGAGUGAAACCUGCACACUUGAAAGGUCGUGUAUUUACAGUUUGAGAACUAUGUGCCUACUUAAUCAAUAUGCAGAGUAUGCUCUGGUGGCAGCAACUCAAGGGAAGUGUAACUUUAACUUGUAUGCUAUGAAUGUAUUUAUUAAAACAUGUAAAACCCCAAGUCCUGC